AUGAUCAGGGGAGAGGACACGGGGACCCACUGCGGGGUUGGGUGGGUGGCACCCAGGGUGGCUCACGCCUGGAUAUGUCCCCCCAGGAACCUGCUGGACAUGGACACCUUCUCCAAGUCUGACCCAGUGGUGGUCCUCUUCGUGCAGGGCUCAGGGAGCAGUGAGUGGAAGGAGUUUGGGCGUACCGAGGUGAUCGACAACACCCUGAACCCUGACUUCGUCCGCAAGUUCGUCCUCGACUACUACUUCGAGGAAAAGCAAAACCUCCGCUUCGACGUCUACAACGUGGACUCCAAGAGCUGCUCCGUUUUAAAGCAGAAGGACUUCCUGGGGCAGGCGUUCGUGGCGCUGGGGGAGGUGAUCGGGUCCCAGCGGGGCCGCCUGGAGAGACCCCUCACGGGGGUCCCGGGGAAGCGGUGUGGGACCAUCCUGCUGCUGGCUGAGGAACUGAGCAACUGCCGGGACAUCGUCACGAUGCAGCUGUGUGCCAACAAGCUGGACAAGAAGGACUUCUUUGGAAAAUCCGACCCCUUCCUCGUCUUCUACCGCAGCAACGAGGAUGGCACCUUCACCAUCUGCCAUAAGACGGAGGUGGUGAAGAAUACACUCAACCCGGUGUGGCAGCCCUUCACCAUCCCUGUGCGCGCCCUCUGCAACGGCGACUAUGACCGGACAGUGAAGAUAGACGUGUACGACUGGGACCGGGAUGGGAGCCAUGACUUCAUUGGGGAGUUUGCCACCAGCUACCGGGAGCUCUCCCGAGCGCAGAGCCAGUUUACAGUGUACGAGAUGCCGUCGCAGCCCACCUCGCUGCACUACGCGAGCCCCUACCAGCUGAGCGCCUACGCCCUGGCACUGAAGGCAGUGGGGGAGAUCAUCCAGGACUACGACAGCGACAAGCUCUUCCCCGCCUACGGCUUCGGCGCCAAAAUCCCACCCGACGGCAAGAUCUCCCACCAGUUCCCCCUGAACAACAAUGCGGACAACCCCAGCUGUGCCGGCAUUGAGGGUGUGCUGGAGUCCUACCUCCAGAGCCUGCGCACCGUCCAGCUCUACGGUCCCACCAACUUUGCCCCCGUCAUCAACCAGGUGGCUGGAGCGGCCGCGCAAGUGACUGAUGGCUCACAGUACCAUGUCCUCCUCAUCAUCACUGAUGGCGUCAUCUCUGACAUGCUGCAGACCAAGGAGGCCAUCGUCACCGCUUCCGCCUUGCCCAUGUCCAUCAUCAUCGUGGGAGUGGGUCCAGCUGAGUUUGAGGCCAUGGAGGAGCUAGACGGUGAUGAGGUGCGGUUGUCCUCCCGGGGACGCUACGCCGAGAGGGACAUCGUGCAGUUUGUGCCGUUUCGGGAUUAUGUGGAUGACUCAGGAAACCAGGUGCUGAGCAUGGCCCGCCUGGCCAAGGACGUGCUGGCCGAGAUCCCCGAGCAGCUGCUCUCCUACAUGAAGACCCGCGACAUCAAGCCUCGCCAAGCAGACCCACAGUAG